AUGGCUGUUGAUUGUCAGCAGGCAACCGAUGAGGAUCGGGCUGCUCUUGACGCGGAAAAUGCGAAACUCAAGGAGGAACUUGCAAAUGUCAAGCGUGAAUUGUUCCAAACAAAAGUGGAACUCGCCGAAACCCGGUAUCAAACAAUGAGAGUGCCCUCAAGUGUUUUCCAACUUCUCCGUGGUUCGAAUCGUUGUAUCUCAACGGCCACCGCUUUGUCGGGUGCGAAAAAGUCGUUGACCAUAGACAACAUGAACCCAAACGUUAAAACAAUGGAAUUCGCAUUCAAAUUUCAGGGUACAAAGAAGCCAUUCAAUAGUGUAGUGAAAGCAAACAUCGGUGAUGCUCACGAUAUGGGUCAAAAACCAAUCACUUUCAUCAGACAGGUAUUGGCAUGCUGUGCGUAUCCACCUCUUCUCCAAUCGAUGGCUAUGCCAGAGGAUGUGAAACGACACGCUGAGGAAAUUCUCCACGAUUGUGGUGGCCACAGUGUUGGUGCAUACACGCCAAGCGCUGGUAUUGAAUGCAUCCGAAAACAUUGCGCCGAGUACAUCACUCGUAGAGAUGGCAUUCCAGCAGACUAUGAGAAUAUCGUCAUUUCAGGCGGUACAACUGAGGGAAUCAGGAACGUGCUGAAACUGUUCGUGAACAACCAGAAUGGCCGCAAGGUUGGAAUAAUGAUCCCAAUCCCUCAAUAUCCACUCUACUCAGCAACACUGGACGAAUUCGGUCUUGGACAGGUACGAUAUUACCUCGACGAAGAGAACAUGUGGGGACUGAACAUUGAGGAAUGUGAACGGGCUUUGAAUGAGGCUAAAUCGCAGUAUGACACAAGGGCGAUCUGCGUAAUCAAUCCUGGCAACCCUGCUGGUCAGGUGCUCACAAGGAAGAACAUCGAAGAAAUUAUUCGAUUCGCCCAUAAGAACCAUUUGAAAAGCGAGUAUUUUCAGGUAUAUCAAGACAACAUCUUUGACGAGAAGUCCAAAUUCUACAGUUUCAAGAAGACGAUGCUUGAUAUGGGUGGUGAAUACAAGGACCAGGAGUUGGUAUCGUUCUAUUCGGUAUCAAAGGGAUACAUGGGCGAAUGUGGUCUACGUGCUGGAUACAUCGAGUUCCUGAACAUCGAUCCAGAAGUUCUCAAAAUGUUUAACAAGAUGAUCUCCGCAAAAUUAUGCGCAUCUGCUCUUGGCCAGGCUGCUCUUGAUUCCGCUGUCAACCCACCAAAACCAGGCGAGCCUUCCUACGACCUGUGGUACAAGGAGAAGACCGGUAUUCUGCAAUCAAUGAAGGAAAGAGCCAGAUUGGUGAAGGAAGCAUACGGAUCACUGGAGGGUCUGCAAUGCAAUCCUGUGCAGGGCGCCAUGUAUGCCUUACCGAAGAUUAAUAUGCCAAAGAAGGCCAUUGAAGAGGCGAAGAGGCAAGGUGUUGAGCCUGACUUCUUCUACGGAAUGCAGCUGCUCGAGGCGACCGGUAUUUGCACUGUACCAGGUAGUGGAUUCGGACAGAAAGAGGGUACCUAUCACUUCAGAAAUGCGGCUUUUGGACUUGGAAGUAACAACUUUGUCGAUUACAGGACGACAAUUUUGCCCCAGACGGAUUUGAUGAAGGAGAUGCUCGAACGAUUCAAGCCAUUCCACGCUGAAUUCAUGAAGAAGUACCAAUAA